CUGUACGCACCCUGUGUGUAGGCUCAUCAUUGAAGUUCACGUUUAUGGGCUUCUCGGUUGAUGUGUACACAACCAGUGCAACCGGAGACAUUCUUUCCUUUCGUUUAGCCUCCCUGCAGAGUCGCAUUUGCAGACACCUGCGGUUGGAGUUUCUUUUUUCUUCUUCUUUAGUAUUGCGCACAUUGCGCACUCCAGGUGCUUCAAGCUCCAUGCCAUGAUAUCAUAAAUCAUUGUAACCAUAUAAUUUAUUACGACACUCUAAUACUGUAACAUAUGUGUUGUAUGCUUCUGCACAUACUGCGCAGUAAACUUUGCUACAACUUGCACAUUUCAGGAAAUCAUUUUUUGGAUUAUGAUGUUAAAGCAAAAUAGAGCGAUAUAUUGCGAUUGGAAUUGAAUUGCACAAGCUGUGAUAACAAAAAAAAACAUCAAAUUUAAGAUGUAAUAGCAGUUAUUUAAUAUUUAUUUACUAGUGUUUGAUGACUACCUUAUACUUUUUAUUAGACAUUGUGGCGUUUUGAUGAAGUUAACGUUGAGUGAAACGAAAACAAAGUGCCAAUUUUGCUUCAAAAAAAAGCCACAUAAGCACUUUUAAACUGGCAACAAACGUAGUUACCAGCGAAAUAAGAAAUAGUCUUGUUUUGCCGGUUAAUAUUAUAAUGGUUGGCAGUUUGCAAAUGACGCUCUAGAAUGCCAGAAAUAACGGUUAAAUCUCCCUGACUGUCGUGCCUGGUUUACAACAACUUCUACCAGCCAUGGAAGCGACAACCUCCCCCAGCAGGCCGAGCAACAAUGACGUCCUGGCCUUGCGGCUGCUGCAGACCAACCCGUGGAGCUGCUACUGCGGACUGCCCUUGUGGGGAUUCACUCCUGCAAAACUGAAGGAGAUAAUGAGAAACAUGCUGUCCGACCUUCCAGACAGCGAGGGGCGAAGACCACGCCUCUUGUGUCGGCCGUGCAGCGUUCUCAGCAGUGACGGAAGGCAAGGCGAGGAGGCGUUCUUCUGUGUGGCAGCCUCGGCAUCGCAGAAGCCCCAUGCUGCCGGACUGGUGCACUGCGGCGAGAAAGUCUCGCUGGUGUUGCUGUCGGGGUCGGCAGCCGCACGGUCCGUCAUGGCCCGUCAGCUGGGCGAAGGCUUCGGAGUCACCCUGAUGGCGUUGCAGCUGGCUCCCUGGCAGCUGUCCCUGGUCAUGCUGUGGGGCUGCAGUGACCUCGGCACAGAUGAAUCGCCCGAGAAAUGCUUUCUGAAACUGGGCAUGGAUGGCAUCACAUUGGGUUUCAGCCGUGCACAGGUGCUGCAUCAACUGCCACGCUCGACUGGCCUCACCUACAAUGACGGGAGGAAGCUGCUGCUUGCCUUUUGCGAGAUUGCAUCGAAAGAAGUGCUUUCCUUCAACUACCAGCAACUGCCGUUGCGGCUUGUGCACUUUGUGGACUUGUUCUCUGUGGAUAGCGAGGGUACAAUGAACGUGCAUAAGAGUACGCUGGUGCCCGAGCUCUUCGAGAUGCUCCUUUUCUUCGUAAAGAACUCGGUGUUGGGCCCUUCAUCUUCGGACCACGAGGUAGACUAGCAGCUCAUCAAGACUGGAGCGAGCAUGGGCAGAGAAAGUUGAUGGCGCGUCAGUUCUGGUGAACAUGAGUGAAUCGGCACACAUCCUUUCAAACUACUUGUAUGCCCGUUCCUUUGCUGGUUGCCUUUGUGUCUGUUGUCUUCAGUCGGGCCCCCCUAGCAGCCUGGCAAGAUGCCUGCGGACUCAGUUGACCAUUCCUUGCCCAUAUGAGACUGUGCCAUCAUGUGAACUCUGCAACAUGCGAAGUGUGUUAAGCGUCUUCAGUUAGCAUUUGUCCCUAUGCUUAGCUGGAAUGAAAUGCCUGAAAAGCAUUUAAAGAUGCUCAGACGUGCAAAUGUACGCUCGUGAGCAAAAGUAUGCGGGCUGUUGCCAUCCAUAUACUUUUCUGGUCUGCCCAACUUGUGGAGAGCCAUGUGCUGCCGAGAUCACUUCUCUGAUGAAUUCCAUCGAAGCAAUGUUUUCAACGGCAGUUCUAUCAAAGCAAUGCUCUCAACAGCAGACGGCUUGCCUCUAGACAGUGCAGCAAAUGCCAAUUUCCGCAUGCACUCCUUUGGUCUGUAUACUUUUGCUUGUUAGCUGUACAUUGUUGCUAAAGACAUAACCGACUAGAACAGCGGUCACAGAGUGACGUUUGUAUAGGCUGCGCCAAAAAGUUAAGGUCGAAACACUCACUAGAAGAGAGCCCUGAAUUGCAGGGACGAACUUGAAAGAAAAAGUGAAAGAGAGAAAAAAAAUAUGAGAGCGGUGAAUUCUGUACAGUAUCCAGAGAGAUGUUUCCAAGAAUAUUUUACACCGACGAAGAGGUAUAAAACACCAUUUUCGCACAAGUGUCAAACACAGCCUUGCCACUUCUUGCACGUAAUACCACUAUGAUUUCAUUUAACAAGGCAAAAAGCUGGCUCCCUCAUCUGAAAACCAUAUCUAUAGCAGAGUUUCCAUCUCAGUAGAUUUUGCAAAUUCAAGAUAUUUGUAAUUUUUUAUGCCAAUGACAUUGAAAAAUGGAUUUCAUCCAGGUGCUGACCCUUCGUCACAUUAAAGUCACUGAUCUGGCCAAAAUCUUGCCAUGUUUUUAGAUGUUCUAGCUACUGUCAUGGCAGUUGUGGUGCAUUUGGCUUUUCUAUUAAACUGUGGCAUUUGCAUUGAUUAUUUCGCCACCUUGAUGCAAUGCUGUAUAAGAAAGACCUUUGUGGCUUUAUUGUGAGAAGAUUAGUGCUUUAGAUGUUUUAUGAAUUUCUUGGGUGUAAGAUGCUAUUGCCUGAUGUGCGUAAUCAAGCCACAUGGUGCUGAACUUGCUUCAUACAUGACUCAUCCUUGAUUUUUUUUAUGUGAUCAUCAUCAGCACAGUUAUACAUUGACAUUCAGCAUAUGGUGGUUUUGGGACGUUAAGCUCCACAUAUCAGUCAAUCAAUUGAUAUUCAUGUCUUCCCUUACCUUCUGUCAUGAAAAAAAAAAAACAUUAAAAAGCCAGUAAAACGGCUCGAACUUUUUUUUUACACCCCCCCAUACAAGCUCGGCAAUUCGUAGAUUAGACCACAGCGAUCACGUUUUCUCAAUAUUACUGGGCGCUCUAUUUCGAAAAACAAUUCUAGUGCAGCUUUCCUACGCCUGACCGACUUCCUUGCAUGUGCACUGCCGUCAAUUCAGCGAUCGGCAAUGUGACGUAGCACGCAGCUUGCCGAUUGGUCUAAAUUAGGUGUGAAAAAACAGUAGUGAAGUCAACGUCAGUUCCUGUUCCCACCCACAGCUACGAAACUGCCCCUUGUUUUUUGGCAAUGCGGUGAAAGAACCAGCCUCGCAAUUGUCGCAGGAAUGUGUACACUCCUCGCUCAACUACAGCGCCUGUGCGCACAUACAAACGUAUUUUGUCCUUGACAUGAGCAACACGGGUAAAAAGCGUUGCUCUGUUGUCGGCUGCAAAACGAGCGACUGGGCAGUGGAGAAGCAUCUGCACCGGGUGCCUCACGAUGGGGCCCUGCGCGCUGCAUGGCUGAAGCGAAUCGGCCAUCCAGCGACGUACGUCAGGGGCCUGAUCGUUUGUGGUCGACACUUGGCACCUGACGCUUACACGAUUGACCCGCGGCUGGCGCGGCAAAACGGUAAACAAACAACCACGCUUCGCAGCAAGCGGAAGUGCGUUACGACUGAUCGAGUUUUCCGAUGACGUCAAUCGCUGACGUGGCGUCACGUUGCCAUUUGUCACGUUGCCGAAGUGGACGAAGUCAUGACGACAGGCUAUGCCUUCCCCUUCAUUGAAGAGAGAAAGGGGGCGAGGCUGCAGCAAAAAUUUGAAACUAGCUUAGACCGAUGUUCUAGCCCCUGUAAGUUCCUUAAUAUAGCACGCAUUUGCAAAAUUGUUCCGGCAGCAUGUCUGCAAAGAAAAACUGCACAUGUACCUCUUUUUUUAAUUUUUUGACCUCAGGGUUGUUUACUGGCCUUUUAAUAGGGCUUGUGUCGAGCCAUAAAAAACAUUUCAACAAGCUAACAUGGUUCCUCAAGGCUAGAACAGAACUGAUUUCUCUAGUACUAGCAUGUCUACGCUUCGCACCCUCUCCUCCAUACUGGCAAAAGAGGGGGAGCAGUGUGACAAAGUGGGGGGAAGGGGAGCGGGGGUGCUGCAACGAAUUGUAUGAGUGAAGAGGGAGCAGGUGUUCGGUGAAUAAAAAGAAAAUAAGUAAGGAGUAGGGAGGUGAGGAUGUACAUGUUUCGCUGAGUGACGGUUGUCAGAAGUUGAUAAUGGUAGGUUUGAAAUUAAUACUUGGAGGGCUUAACUCCCAGUGGGUUUAUUUGUGUGUAUAUAUCAUACCAAAUGGAUUCAAGGGACCCUUUAGAAACGUUUAUACGUACUGGCUGGAGUGUAUUGUACCUGUGAAUAGGGUAUGACUGUACAUUUUCUGUCUGUUGCAGGCCGGAAGUUUGACUGAACUAUGUAGAGUGUCACAUUGUUGAAGUUGUGUCCUGCGGCAUUAAAAUGCUGUGCCACUGCUUUCUAUUUGCCGUGCCCGCGUGAUAAUCGUUUAACCUGACAUUAACAGGCUGUCCUGUUUCACCAAUGUACUCGACACAUUACCUGCUUAUGGAUUUUUUUAUGGCAAUGUUCCAUCUUCCCAUUCUUGCCAUUGGAUUUCCCUUCUGCGGAAUUCAGCAAGCGUCUUAUUUUAAGCUUACCCCUGUGUCUUCUGUAAAAUAAAUUUUUUUUUGCUGGACCA